AUGGACAAGGCUAAGGCUCCUGCUGCUGGUGAAGACUUCAACGUUGUUUUUAUUGGUGCUGGUAACAUCAUGUUCGGAUCGCCUGAAGGUCCUUGGAAUCACUCUUUCCGUUUUGAACACAAACUCGGUCCUCGUCUCAAGGUAGUUGCAUUGAUCGACCCCGCGCUUGAUCGUGCAUCGGCUGUCCUCCAGAAGAAACGAGACUCUUUCGUAGUGUCGGCCUACCAAAACACCAAGAUGUACAAGACAAUUGACGACUUUGCCAAGUCUAUGACUCCUGAAGAAAAGCCACGGGCUAUUAUUGUCGGUAGUCCGCCACACUGGCGUGGCUCUGACCUGCCAGGCCGUAAUCUCGAAAUUAAGUUGCUCGAAUACUUCCCUGGUGUUGCGUUCUUUAUCGAGAAACCCGUGUCGACUGGCCCACAUACCACCGCGCUUGAUAUCUCCAGGAGGAUUACCGAGGCAGGGAACGUAUGCUCGGUCGGAUACAUGCUUCGUUACCUCAAGGCCGUUCAGAUGAUGAAACAGAUUAUUGAGGAUAAGGAGCUUGUCGUCAUGGCCACCUCCGCACGCUAUGUAUGCGCAUACGAGCCGAUCGCCAAGCCCGAUUGGUGGGACAAGUCUCGCGACCAAGGCCCAAUCGUCGAGCAAGGAACGCACUUCUGCGACCUUUCGCGUUACUUUGGCGGCGAUGUAGACAUCAGCUCUGUGAUGGCGCACUCGGUUGAGUGGGACGAGGAACCUGGACAAUUGAGCAAGAUCCCUAUCGAUGAGAACAAGAUCGCCCCAGAGAACCGUAUCCCUCGUGUCACAACCGCAACCUGGAAAUAUGAAAACGGCGCUGUCGGUACCUUGACUCAUGCUGUUGCUCUGCACGGAACGAACUACAGCUGCGAACUUGAAGUCUACCUCGAUGGCUCGUCGAUCCUUAUCAUAUCCCAACCCUUUACAUCCGCCGCCCUGGUGACGAUUACGAGGAGACUUAUCGAUUCGGUGAUGAUGACCCAUUCUUUUCAGAGGCAAGUUUCCAAUUUGAUUGACGUGAUCGAGCAUGGAGAGGGCACAGCUGAGAUUCUAAGCACUUAUGAGGAUGCUUGCAAGACCUACGAGUUUACUUGGGCUAUCCGCCUCGCCAGUGAGCGUAGCCGCGCAAACUACCACAAGCCCACGGAGGCUUAA